GAAAAGCUUCCAGAGCACCUAUAGAUAAGCGGAAAGAGGGAGAGCAUUUCCACUGGGUCACGUUCUUUGCCAUUCGUCAACUCUUCUUCCCAAAUCAAUCGGAGAGACUCUUUGCACCCUGGAGUAAUGCCUGACGUGCUUCUCUCAGCAUUCCUAUCGGUGGUGAUUAAGAAGGCAACCGACCAUGUUCUCCAACAGUUUGGAGUGACGUGGGGCAUCCAUGAGAAGCUAAAAAAGCUGGAAAGAAAGCUGUUGGCAAUCCAGUCCAAACUUGGAGAUGCAGAGGAGCGACAAGUCAAGGAUGCGGCUGUGAAGAGCUGGUUGGCAGAUCUGAAGGAUGCAGCCUACGAAGCAGACGACAUUCUGGAUGAGUUCAAUGUGGAAGCAAUGCGGCGGAAGGCAGAGAUUCAGAUUGAUAUGACAAAAAAGGUGCGCAGCUUCUUUUCUUUUCAUAAUCCACUUUGGUUUCGGUUUAAGCUGGGGCGAAAGUUGAAUGCUAUUGUUGAAGAAAUAGAGAAUCUAGUAGACGAGGGAAAUAAAUUUGGCUUCACGGUCAAAACGCAACCACAAACGAGUGACAGGCCACAAUCCCACUCCUAUGUUGAUGGGUCAGAGGUCAUUGGCAGGGAGGAAGAUAUAGAAAAAAUAGUGAAGUUGCUACUGGAUCAUGAGAACAACCAGAAUGUUGCAGUCCUUCCCAUAGUUGGGAUGGGGGGUUUGGGCAAGACCACACUGGCCCAAUUGAUUUACAAUGAUGAGAGGGUGCAGAAACAUUUCCAGCCACGAAUAUGGGUCUGUGUGUCGGAUGAGUUCGAUGUUGCAAAACUUGCUAAAGGAAUAAUAGCUUCAGCCACAGGGGUUGAGUGCGAGCUAUCAACCAUGGAGUUGUUACAACGCCGCCUUCGAGAAGUUGUAAGUGGGAAGAGGUACUUACUUGUAUUAGAUGACAUUUGGAACGAGGAUCAGGCAAAGUGGGAUGAGCUAAAAACUUUACUAGCAACUGGUGGAGAAGGGAGUAGGAUUGUUGUGACUACACGAAGUGAGCGGGCAUCGUCGAUAAUGGGUACCCUCGGCACUUAUCCCCUACCGUAUUUGACUGAGGAGGAUUCUUGGGCAUUGUUUAGGAAGAGAGCAUUUGAAGGGGGAGCAGAAGAGCCUCAAAAUCUCGUAAGCAUCGGCAAGGAGAUUGUCAAGAAAUGUGGUGGGUUGCCUCUGGCAGUGAAGACACUGGGGGGAUUAAUGCAUUCCAAGAGCCAGGAAAGGGAAUGGUUGUCCGCGAGGGAUAGCGAGAUUUGGGAUCUGCAGGUCGGUGAAGAUGGGAUCUUGCCAGCACUAAGGUUGAGCUACAGUCAUUUGCCUUCCCAUUUAAAACAAUGCUUUGCCUUUUGUGCCAUAUUUCCGAAGGAUUAUGAGAUGGAAAAGGAUCUGUUGAUUCAACUAUGGAUGGCCAACGGAUUCAUUCCAUCCGAUGGAAGAAAGGAGUUGGAGGACAAAGGGCAUGAGAUUUUUACUGAGUUGGCUUGGAGAUCUUUCUUUCAGGAUAUCAAGGAAUUUCGGGAGUACGAUGAUCGCGUAUUCAGGCGUGAACUUUAUUACAAAACAACUUGCAAGAUGCAUGACCUCAUGCACGAGCUGGCACGAUCCAUAACGGGGAAUGAAUGCCUUAGCAUACUGGACCCUGCCAGGUGGGAAGAUAUAUCUAACAAAACCCGUCACUUGUCUGCAUCCGGGACUUUUCCAUUGAACAUUCAUAGGAACUUGAAUAAUUGUCCAAAAAUUCGCACUCUCCUAUCCUCGUUAUUAAAAGAAUUCAUUACUAGUAUAAUAGUGACUGCAGAUUCAUCAAAGUCGAAGUCCUUGAGAGCAUUGGAUCUACAUAAAACUACUAUCACACGACUGCCUCUUGCAAUUGCAUAUUUGAAACAUCUGAGAUACCUCGACCUCUCUUAUACUUCUAUUGAAGCAUUACCAGAUGCCACCAGCACACUUUUCAAUCUACAAACUCUGAAACUCUCUAACUGCUGGGAAAUACGUAAGCUGCCCGAAGACAUAAGAAAUAUGAGUAGCCUACGGCAUCUCUACAUUGACAGAUGUCGUCGUUUGAAACAGCUGCCAGCAGGUAUCGGGCAAUUGAGCAGCCUACGAACAUUGACCAAAUACAUUGUAGGCAAUGAUGCUGGAAGGCGUAUAGGUGAGUUGAAUAGCUUAAAUCUCGGUGGCCUUCUAGAGCUUUAUAACUUGAGGAAUGUGAGGGAUGCAGCAGAUGCUAAAGAAGCUAAUAUUCGUUCCAAAUAUAACCUUUGCUCAUUAAUAUUAUGCUGGGAUAUGAUUGAGUGGGAACCCCGUUCCUGCCAUGAAGAAUUUGGCUAUCGUCGUUUCGAAGAUGUUGUGCCAGCAGAAAAAGCUGAAGAGGUGUUGGAAGCCCUUAGACCUCAUGGUGGCUUAAAGCUGCUGACAGUAUGGCGCUACGGGGGUGUCAACUUUCCAACGUGGAUGAUGGAUUCUUUAUUGCUGCAAAAUGUAGUUGAAAUCCAUCUAGGAGUUUGCACACGAUGCCAACAUCUCCCACCUUUGUGGCAGCUACCUUUUCUUAAAUUUCUCUAUGUGAUUAAGAUGGAUAGCGUCAAGCACAUCUGCAGCAGCACCAUCUAUGGCAAUGCAAGUAAUGGCACAGUGCAAGCAUUUCCCUUACUGAAGAGGCUGGUGUUGCAUACGAUGCAGAGCUUGGAGAAGUGGUCAGAGUUUGAAGAAACUGCAGAGGUCAUGUUGGUUUUCCCUUACCUUGCUGAGCUUGAGAUCAUUGAUUGCCCAAAUUUGAUGACCAUGCCAGAGCUACCAUCUCUCAAAAGAUUAAAAAUGAAAGGAACUAAUAAGCAGUUGGGCUUGAUCUGUAGUCUGACGACACUCUCUUCCCUUAGCAUUGGUGUCUAUAAAACGAGCAAUGGUACAGAGUCGCCUCCUCUUGCUGAUCAGAAGAAAAUGUCUUUCAAGUAUUUCAGAUCUCUUGAAAAUUUAGCUAUUACUGCAUCGGAGGAUCUGGCACCAUUGCUGGAGGAGGAAACUAGAGGGCUGAGCUCAUCCCUGCAUUAUUUGGUGAUUAGACACUGCAAUUGGUUUUUCUCACCAUCACAACAGUCAUCAUCACCUUUGGCGUUUUGGAAGAACCUUACUUCUCUCUCAUCUUUGUGGAUGGUUUGUUGUGAUGAUCUGGUCUAUUGGCCAGAGGCAGAGUUCCGUGGCUUGAACUCACUAAAGAAGUUACGUCUCCAUCGUUGCAACAAGUUGGUUGGCCCGUCACCUUUGCCAUUAUCCUCGUCAUCAUCAGGGGAUGGAGAGCUCCUACCAAACCUAGAAGAGCUGGAAAUUGUAGAAUGUGAUGGUCUGCUGGAAUUGCCCAAGUUGCCUACUUCCCUCAGAUCACUAGGUGUAUCCUGUUGCCCGAAAAUAAAUUCCUUAACGCAAGGCUUGCGACAUGCCACUGCUCUUCAGAGUGUCCACAUUUCAGAUUGCCCAAGCCUGACUUUUCUGCAAGUAGAUCUAGGGCACCUAACAGAACUCAAAUCUCUGGACAUCAUCAGUUGCAGCAAAUUGUCAUCUCUGCCAGAAGGUAUGCAAGAACUCACUGCCCUUCAGAAUCUGUCUAUUAGCCAUUGCCCUCGGCUGUCAUCACUCCCAGAAGGUCUACAACGACGACUCCUUGGACUUCAGUAUCUGGCCAUUAAAGGGUGCCCCAACCUAGAGAGGCAGUGUAAGAUAGGAGGACCAUAUUGGUGCCUGGUCUCGCGCAUUCCCUAUAUCGAAAUAUUAUCUGAGAGGAGGAGCAACUUCAGCACGUGCCUUCCUUCCUUUUCUUACUUUAGAAGACCAUCUACAAUUUAAUGUCAUCCAAGUCCUUUCGAGAUGAGCAGCAAAUUUAGCUUCAGGAUAAAUUAAGAGCGUUCAUGGUACAAGCAGCUUUCUUGUCGAUGAUUUCAGCAUUGAACUUCUUGCUAUUCUAAAAUCCAGUAACGGAAGAAACAACAUAUGCAUUGGAUAAACUUUUCAAAGAUUUCGAGACAUUCAAUGAUCAAGUGGCUUUGUAUGAAUCUCUUGAUAGAUUUGCUUUUGUUGUUGUUAAGCAUUUAAAGGGACACUAGGAAGAGAGAAGCUUAAUUCCCUUUCAGAAGAUGUCAUUUGGCAUUUAAUGUUAUGUUGAUUGUUUUCUCUGAACCUUAUUUUAUUUCAUCUCCUUCCAUAUAUAAAUAUUGUAUUUGAAGACUUUGGACAGUACUUCUG